AUGGCUGAUAAUUCGUCGUUGCUAUCAACUUCGACUCCAGUACAUGCACGCGUUGUUAUUAAGACCCAGCCAAACUUUAAUAGCUUCAGCAGUCUUAUACAGAAUGAUACUCCAAAGGCGAAAGUUGAGUCUCAACCUGAUCUCUCUGUGGCUCAACGAACUAGAGCCCUAUUUAAUAUAAUCUCCCGACCGCCCCUUCUUUGUGCUCCCAGCUUUGGCAUAGAACUUCCUUUCGAAUCAGUUACCAAAGCGAAGAGCGCAGAUUUGGAAAAGGCUUCUAAAGAACUUAAAGAUCUUGCCUGUGCUGACCUCUGUCUGCUUUCUGUUGAUGGUCUAUUGGAUGGUUUGUACGUCGCAAGGAACGCCGUAGAACACCUCUACGAUGAAUGUGAAACAUUGCAGGCAAAGGAACACAGCGAUUCAAUGGCAGCCACUCUUAAUGUUUUGGACUUUUUUCUCAACCGAGUUGACCCAAUUCUGCGUAAACUAAUCGAUCUCCGAGUUUCGAUGAAUGACUUUACUCUGGGCGAAAUAAUCGGCCGCGGUGCUUGUGGUGUCGUUCGUGUAGUGCAUGAGAAAACCCCUCCGCAUUCCGUUCUUGCUAUGAAAUCGCAGUUUAAAGGAUCCUGGCUUUUUCACGAUCCGGAGGGAGCUCAGCUUUUGCUAGAACGUACUGUUUUAGCUCAAGCCAUGAUGAUCGAUAAUCCCUGGCUGCCUCAUCUUCACUAUGCCUUUCAAGAUGAGAGUCAGUUGCACCUGGUCAUGGACUACGAGCCCGGUGGCGAUAUGUACAUAUUUCUUAGCAAAGCUGCUCAUCUACUCGACUCAGAAAUGAUUCAGUUUUACGCCGCCGAAGUAGUUGAGGCCACCCAUUCGCUGCAUCAGAUGGGCUAUAUCCACUGCGAUAUCAAGCCUGAAAACUUCGCUAUUGAACGUAGUGGUCAUCUCAAGCUGAUUGAUUUCGGCUCUGCCAUUCGGCUGGAUUCUAAUGGAAAGUGUGUUUGUCCUACAAUGGUCGGCACAAAGGAGUACCUCAACAUUGAACUCCUAACCCAACGCAAGCGAGGUGCAAAGGAUUCCCUCCGUGUUGGCCCCUGCUAUGACUACUGGGCCAUUGGGGUUUUUAUCUACGAGAUGUUCUACACGCAGACGCCCUUCUAUGACGAGAAUGAUGACAAGAUGAUGGAUAAUAUUAUCAAUUUCAAGACCGCAUUGCAUUUUCCCCAUAAUGUGAACGUGCCUGAUGCCGCCAAGGAUCUCAUUCGCCAACUCAUCUGUGAUCCCAGCGAGCGGCUGACCUAUGAAGGCAUUGUUCAGCACCCCUUUUUUCAAGAUGUCGACUUCGCCACCAUUAGGGAACACACACCGCCCUACCUGCCACCAGUAGGUCAACUCGACGAUGUCGGUAACUUCUCUGGUGGUGGAGCCCGCGCCCGCGACGAUGCCCUCCACGACAUUUCUAACGACGUGACGAUCUCCCCCUCCCGUGGCCUCUACCCCACCCCACAACGCGUCAACCAGCUCCAGAGGCUUUCCAAUCUCGAGAAUGUUGAUCCACAGUCAGCGAAGGAGAUCCAACGCCGAGCCAUCAUCGAGGCUGCCGCGGUGCCUCUCACCGAGGAAGUGCAGGAGGUGGAGGAUAUCGCUUGGCAGGGACCGGCUUACGCCGCCGAUCUGCCCUUUGUCGGCUUCUCGUUCACCCCCACAAUGCUUAUUGGCGAGUCACAGUGUCGUCAAAGGCAGCUUCGUGCUCUGAUUGACAACUCAACGAUGGUGCAGAGUCGUUUGAGCAUUCUGGAGGCCUCGACCAUUGGGGAGGAGGCCAUGGCGAAGAUUAUGGAGGUGAAGCGGCGCAAUCGAUUCUUGGAAAAGCAGAUCACGCUUCAGGAGGAUGAAAUUCAGGCGAGUGGCAUUAUAUUCUUUGGAUGUUCUCAUAACUUGCGGAAGAGGCUGCAAACAUCUGUCUUUGAAGCUGAGAUUCUGACUGAUCUGGAUAGCGUUGUAAAUAACAGCAUUAAGCAGCAGUCAGAGGAAAGACAAGAGGUAUUGAAACUGGAGGCACGAGUGAACGCUCUGACUCUGGAGAAGGCCAAGCUGGUUGAAGAGUUGAGCGAGACACGCAAGUGUCUGUUAGACUUUAACAGCCUCAAAGAUCUACUGAACUCGGUCGAUAGAAAAGCCGUGGACGAAGCGCAUUCGUUGAAGGUUAAGCUCGAUCAGGCGGACGAGAACAGUCGUCUUCAAUCAGAAGAGUUAACGCAGGUGCGGCAGCAGCUGGAGCGUCUGCGUAACUCCAACACGAAGUUGGUGGCAGAACGCGACGCGGCGAUCGCACGUGCGGUGAAGGCGGAGGAGAGUGCAGCUGCGCAGGCGGAUGAGGCGGAGGCGGCGAGGGUGGCAGCGAAUAACGAGGUACUUCGCCUCACCACCACUACCGAGCAGCAGGGAAAACUCAUCAAUCACCUUCUCAAUCUCCUGCCUGCCGAGCGGCGAAAGACUGUCAGUGGAGGGAACGGGGGUCCUGCCACCGAGUUGAUCGAUGCCGCCACUCCGCAAACCUUACCUUCCCAGCCGCCCAUAGGUCAGGUGCCGGGCGGAGUGUUCGUGCGUUCCCGUUCGCGAUGGCUGGGAGGGCGAACCAAACCCUCGACUGGACAUUCAGCUCUUUUUCUUAAAACUCGCAGUAUGUUGAAGGGGAAGAAAACCACUGCUGGCACAUCGGUGGCUGGUGCCGGUGCGCAUAAGUUCUCACUUGCCCUGAUCGGUGAUGCGAUAGACGUCAAAAAGAGCGCAGUCUUCAAGUCCAUGAUCGGCUUAGGUUCAACACAACGCGAUUACGAGGACAAUGGUAAUCAUCCACAUCCAUCAACUUCCCGCUCCCGCGUACCGCCACCCAAGCGUCGCAUGGCUGCUUGGGUUCGCACUCUCUCCACCCUUCGCUCCAAGAAGCUUCUCCAUAACGCCACCACGGAGACUGCUAAGCGUUCUCGUUCCCACCUCCCCGACUCCAAUGCUUUCACUGAGGACGACGUCGAUGCUGACACUGGAGGUGUCUACAUGGGUGAUGAUAUGUCGUUAGAGUAUCCCCCACUGGAGGCAGACUAUAUUGUUUCUGACGUCGACUACAUGCGCGGCUCAGCCUCCACGCUAUCCUCACUCCGCUCCUCCAGUUUGCAAAGUCUGCCAGAAACAGCCUGUCGAGUUAUGUGGCCGGAGCAGUACAUUGUUCCUCAGGUGCAGAAAUCGGGGACUGCUGCAAUCGCUACAGGACAAAAAUCGAAGGAGCCUCAUCCUUUUUUGCUGAAACAGAUCAGCCGUGUACUGGGCAAAGGGAAGGCAAAGGCCGGGGAGGAGUGA